CCCAAAGCGAUAUCGACGAAGGUGCUCAUUUCAGUGGAAGGGUGACGUUUCAAGAGCGGUGCCAGGAAGAUGGACACUUUGUUGACUUUUUAAGCAUUUUUCAAGUUGAUAUUGAGGAUAAAUUACCGCUCCUACGCGAAAAAAUCGAAAGCUUUGGCUAUAUAAGUGGGCGGCUUUUUAGGGAAUUUUUCGAAAGCGGUUUGUGCUUUGAAGAGUUAAAAUCGGCAGCGGUUAAAGCAAAAAUACCUGCUGAAGAUUUGAUGGUUUUGGCGCUACACUUUUGGAUGGAGAAGCCAUUCCGAUAUCAAAACUGUGACGAAGUUAUUGCUGAUAUGUCACGGCUGGCAGCUAUGAUAAAAGCGUUCUGCGAAUUAGCAGGCGAUCGUGUCAACGACUAUGCAUACAAUGCCAUCUCACAAUGGUGGCAGGAUGUGCGUGAAAUACUUUUGGAAAGUCCCAAAUCACUUGGCUUACUUGCGGCCAUUGUGUGUAAGUCAGUGGCAGCCAAACUUCGACGGGGCUUUAGAGAAGGCUCUUGCGACGAGGGUUCGCAGGCAGAGGAAGAAGAAAAGUGGGAACAAAUCUCACACGAUCAAGCACAAUGGGGUUUACUCAUCGGCAAAUUGGAAGAUAUUUCAAUAUUAGGCGCCACUGUAGAGCAUCCAAUACAAAGUACUGAACCCGUUAUGCCCGAACUGCCAUAUAAACCACCAGAUUGUAGUUUAAAAUUUAUUGUCAACGGGGGCAAAGGCAUUGUCACGGAUCUUACUGCCCAAUGGUUGAUCAACUCACGCAUACAUCCUUUGAAAAUUCUUGAAACCGAAGUAGUACUAGUAGACGAGAUUGGUGUGCAAGAGAAAAGUCAGACUCCAACUAAUACGAAUACAAUCGAAGACAAAGAGGAGUUAGCUAUUAAUGUAGGUGGGGGCGAUCAAUGCUUGUCAGACAAGAAGGUAGCAGUCGAGUCCACAGAUGAUCCAGUACUAAAAAAAUUGGCACUUCUGCGCGAACAUUUUCCAUUUAGUUUGGAAUCGGGUAUGCUGCUCAGUCUUAUGUCAUGGCAGUAUAUGGUACAUUGGAGUAAAAAUUUACCAUGCUUGCAAUAUAUGCGCGCUACACUCACAUGCAUGUCCCACUUCAAGCCGAUAGAUUAUGCGUUGAAGCAUGGCAUUUGUUGUAUGCUUUGGAAUGCCACCCUUAAGUAUCCACUGCAAUCGACUAUGAAACUAAUACAAAAGGCGGGUCGUUUGCCGAAGGAUAAAAUGUGCCAACAGGAUAUCGAAAUGUCUGCCGCUUUGGUGCCUGAAUUUCUCGAAUUAAGUUUACAAUUUUUAGAACAUUUCAGCAGUUCACUCGACCACAAUAGCCGUGAAUUGAAGUUCGAGGAGUCGCUGACGGAUGGUCAGCUGCCCCUGCAGUAUCUUGCGUUGCAACAGCAUAAUGCUAUUGAAGAGUUGUUACAAUUGCACUAUGAGUUAUGCGCUGUAUUACAUUUGAUAGCAGAAUUUCAAAUUAAAAUGCCUAAACCCAUUACAAAUGUAUUCGAUGCCUUGGCAAAUAAGGCUUUCUUCAGUGAUAUCAAUAAAGAGCUGGCUUUUGAGCUGCCAGAAGCGGAUUUGGUGUUGCAACAGCAACGUGAGCAUUUCUUAUGCAAAGUAAUUACUGCCUCAAUGGACUUAAUACGCGAAGACUUGGAGCAGUUGUACGUGCUAGAGCAUGAAGAGUGUAUGAAGAAGAUUAUGGCAUUGGCAGAAAGUUGGAAGUUGAAGAAAACGGCGCUUAUACGUCAACAAGCAGUGGAAAUGUACGCGCAUGGUUACGACGCUCACGGUGAGCCGCUGUUAAAAGAGUUGCGCGACGAUGAACAUAUUGCACGUUUGCUUCUGGAGGUAGCGGGCCGGCGCCUAAACUUGAUUGCGAAGGCAUCGCGCGAUGCCUACAUGAAAAUUGCGUCUGUGGGUCAUGUGCUUUUGCAUUUUCUCGAUAGACUGCGCGAUGCACCGAGUGGAUACGUUCAAAUAUCCGCUACUGACGCGGAUGAGAUUAAUAUCAUUGCAUUAAAAAAAUUAGUGGCACACUGUUUCCAUUUACUCUCGCAGAAAGAGCCAACCAAUUAUCUACAUAUUGCCGGCCAAAUGUUUGAUGCGUGUUCUUUAUUACAAGAGUAAGUUCGAGUGUAACAUUUACAUAUGAAAAUUAUGCACAAUUCUUUUUUUUUAACUAACUAUAUAGCUCAUAAGAAAUAUGCAUAAUGUUUAAUGACUUGUAAUGAGUUGAAAAUUUUUAUUAUAUAAAGUAAAUACAGAAUAUAGAUAAUAUGCUAUCAAAAUACAAAUGUA